AUGCGCGCGAGCACGGAGGCUGGGACUCUAUGGGACACCACCAACCUCUUCCGGAGAAUAGCCCAGCUCAUGGGUGCGCUUGCCCAUCCAUGGACCCCAGAAGAGGACGCUGGGAGGAGACCUGACGGAGCGGAGGACUUGCAAGCUGACGGGGAUGGCCGUAGCCCAAGCGAGGUUGCUGGGACCUCGGCCUCCAGCCCUGCGGGAUCCAAGGAGAGCAGCGUUGACAGCGACGGACUGCCCGGGCACGGCGAGGCUGACCACUGCCGCCGCAUCCUGGUGCGAGAUGCCAAGGGGACCAUCCGGGAAAUUGUCCUGCCCAAGGGGCUGGAUCUGGACCGGCCCAAGCGGACCCGCACGUCCUUCACCGCCGAGCAGUUGUACCGCCUGGAGAUGGAGUUCCAGCGCUGCCAGUACGUAGUGGGCCGUGAACGCACCGAGCUGGCCCGCCAGCUGAACCUCUCUGAGACCCAGGUGAAGGUCUGGUUCCAGAACCGUCGCACCAAGCAGAAGAAAGACCAGAGCAGAGACCUGGAGAAGCGGGCAUCCUCCUCGGCCUCCGAGGCCUUCGCCACCUCCAACAUUCUGCGGCUGCUGGAGCAGGGCCGGCUGCUCACUGUGCCCAGGGCCCCCCGCCUCCUGGCGCUGAGCCCCAGCCUGCCGGGCCUGCCUGCUGGCCAUAGGGGCACCGCCUUGGGUGACCCCAGGAACUCUUCCCCGCGCCUCCACCCGCUGCCCUCAGCCUCAGCGUCCCCCCCGCUGCCGCCCCCUCUGCCGGCCGUCUGCUUUUCCACAGCCCCACUCCUGGACCUGCCUGCUGGCUACGAACUGGGCUCCUCGGCCUUCGAGCCCUACAGUCGGUUAGAAGGGAGAGUAGGCAGCCCCGGAGGUGGCAAGAAAGUUAACACUUAAGACUCCCAUCCCCGUGUGACACUGAGCCCCCAAGCACAGCACUGCCCCCAGCCUCCUGUGCCCCAGCGGACUGCACUGAGCUGAGCUGGCCCGGAGAGGAGGGGUGGCCGCCCACGCCCCUCCAGGCCUGCCCCCCAGCUCAGAGACUCUCGACCAAAUGGCCUUGGUCCCGCAGCUUGUGUGCGUGAGUGCAGCGUGUGUGCGUGUGUGUCUCUCACUGAAAUAAAAGGAAUCGGUAACAAGAAGGGAAACAGUCCCCAUAGCAACACCACUCACCCCUCAAUCCCUUCUACCUCACGUCUCCCUGGGAAGGAAA